AUGCCCCGAUCAAAAGAAGGCUUCCUCUGGACUCCACAAACUACAAAAGAAGGCCUAGAAACCGAAGCCAUCGUACAAAGCUCCAAGAAUAUACAGUCCAUCUACGAUGUCAUCGUCAUCGGAAGUGGAUUCGCAGGCCUCAUCGCCGCACGCAAUCUAGCACAAGACCCUACCCUUCGAGUCCUCCUUGUCGAAGCACGCGAUCGCAUCGGCGGACGCACGUGGACUGCCAAAGCACUUGGCGAAGAAUUCGAGAUGGGCGGGACAUGGGUCCAUUGGAACCAGCCUCACUUGUACCAUGAACUUCAUCGUUACGGUCUGCACCGCUAUCUCAAGACUUCCGCGGGAACUAUAGCGCCGGAGAGGUAUUACUUCAAGGAGGCUCAAGCGCCGGUCCAGGAGAUUGCACCUGAGGAAAGUGUAGCUUCUCUUGAACGAGUCGCUGAGAAGUUCUUCUCUAUUGAUGGGAUGGAUAGUCGCGCUCUGAUGCCCUUUCCUCAUGAGCCUUUCCGGGAGCCGGCUGUUUGGAGACGAUAUGACCAUUUAACUGUCAAGCAGCGACUUGAUGCGUUGGACGGCAUAUCGCAGUUUGAAAGAGAUCUUUUUGAAUCAAACGUAGCCACUUUUGGUAGUGCUCCUGGAAGUGAACUCGGUUUCACCGAAGCACUUCGCUGGUUUGCCCUUGGUGGACAUAGUAUGGCUGGGGUCUUUGAGCGAGCUGGCAUCUAUAAGCUCGGCAAUGGGGGAAUGACGGCUUUUGCGCGAGUUAUUUUGCAAGACUUUGAGGGCGACCUGUUAUUCAACACUGUGGUGGAGAAAGUUGAGCAAGGUCGUAGGAGUGUCUUCCUACAACUGAAGAAUGGCAGACUCAUUGAUGCCAAGGCUGUGGUGUCAACCAUUCCCCUCAACUGUCUCGGCGAUGUCGAAUUCAACCCACCACUGCGCGCUCUCAAAGUCGAUGCCAUUGCAUCCGGUCAUAUCAACAAGGGAGCCAAGAUCCAUUUCAAACUCGCUCGCACCGAGCCGGGCUGGUUUGCGACCUGCGGCGCUUCUGGGACAUCGCCGUACGUCUUUGCAUUUUCUGAUCACAAUGGGCAUGAGCCGUCCGGUCCGCGGGGAACAUGGUGCAUCGGAUUCGGGUAUAACGGGCAUCUGGAGGACAAGAAGAAUAGCAAAGAUAUUAUUGCAGCGUUCCAGGAAAAUAUUCGCCCCAAUGCUGACAUCCAGGCGUACCUCACGCACGAUUGGGUGAAUGACCCUUUCGCCAAGGGAACAUGGAGCUGCUGGGGGCCUAAUCAGUUUAGUCGCUACGUUCAAGAGUUGCAAAAGGCAGAGGGUAGGGUGUUCUUCGCUAGUGCAGACUGGGCAGAUGGGUGGAGAGGGUUCGUGGACGGAGCCAUUGAGAGUGGGCAGAAGGCUGCAAAUGAGGUCAAGACGUUCCUUGAGGGCCAGCAGGAUACAAAGCUGUGA